UUUAUAAAAUAAUAACGUCACAAUGCUUCCAUAGUUCUUGUUAAUUACUCACGGUAAUUAUAUUGGUCAUGUUUAGAGAUUAAGGACUAUUAUAAUCUUUUGUUCAAGUGCAUUGGGUCGCAGUGGGAAAACAGUUUGUUCUCGUGGUAUUCAUUCAAAGUCUGUAUUAAAUUUUUAUAAUUAUGUGAGAUCUAUAUGUAUCGAUACGUUUUUAAUGGAAUUGUUUGUGUAUUAUAAUGAUAUAAAUGUACAAUUUAAUCAGGAAUAUAGUUAGUCGUGUGGCGUUUGUAUGAUCGAAUGACUUAAAAAACCAAGUCUUUACGGCUCUCUUUGCCUCAUCUGCAAUUGUUCGACGACAGGUUUGCUUGGGAAGGCCGCGUAUUCACUUUCCUUCGAGAAUAAAGCGAAGAGUAUUAAUUUUUUUGCAAAGGAGAGGCUCGACGGCUCCAGAAAAAGGGUCAAGACAAAGUCCAAGAUAAAUCUGUAGACAACCUAGGAAGGGACCAAAUGCAAGCCUCUCUAAUUGCUGCGUUCGUUUAGAUCAGCUUUCUUUUGCACUUUUAUAAGAAGCCCCCGGUUCCUGACCUUUGGAAGCUUCUUGCUGAUCCAGAUUUUGCCAACAAAAGGUGUCAGCGUGUCGACGGUGUUAGCCAAGUCCGUUUAUAAAAGUACUUAUAUAGUCCGCAGUUAAAAAUUAAUUUCAAUGACGCAUAUAAAGCGGAUACUCGUUAUCGACUUAUAAGGUAAAUUGUCAAUGUCAGGAUUACCUAAGGUUAUUUCGAUGAAAACCCAGCUUUUGAGCUAUCCUUAGCCGAUAGUAAGUUGCUUAAAUUUUUUUCAUUUAUAAGUGUUUAUAUGGAAGGUAAGAUUCGUCGACAACUCAUCGUUACUUUAAUUUUGAUACGUAAUGCACAAAUAGGGUACAUGCCAAUAUGUUUUGUUCAUUAUUGUUAGAACCGAAAAAUAAAACAAUUAUUGCAUUUUAACUUAUUACUACUAAGAUUAUUAAAGAAUUUCAUCAAUUGUAAUAGAAUUAUUACAAUCAUUGUUAUCGUUAUUAUUUAUUUUUGUUAUAAAUGGCUUUGAAUCUCUUCGAAUCAACCGUGAUAGGGACAAAAAAGAUUGCGCGUAACCGGAAAAUGUGACGGUAAAAUUUUAACCAACGCCGAUAAAGAAGUUUCACUUCAAUAACUUUAAAUAAUCUAUAUUUGAUCUUACGAAAUUGGGGCAAAUCGUUGGUUGCAAUAUACUUAACGCCUUUUCUUACAUUGUUUAUUGAACUGUUGGCCUUAGGGGAAUUUGCAGGUCAACUCGGGUUUUGGCUCGGCCGGAAUGGACCAUUUCAUGAAAUAAUAAUGCAUAGGUCCAAGAUAUCGAAUUCGUUACGGUUGCAAAUUGCAGAUUUCUUUAUAUUAACUUUUUGAUACAAUUUAUAUAUAAGUAUAACUGUUUAAUCGAUUUUAGGAUUCAAAUGAUUGCUAAAUAUGUUAGUAAUGCUUAUUGUAUACCAGCAGAUAACGCUUUGUUAGAAUGAAAGUUAAAACUUUAAUAAACAAAUCCAAUUAACCUUAUCAAUUUUAUUGGUUGUACAUAAUUUUUUUGUAUAAUUUAAGCCUUGCUUUAACAAUGUUGAGACAUAUAACAUUACUAAUAUUGAACGUGUUAUCAGCGAUCUCGAUACCGGACGUUGUAAUGAAAGAACAUUUAAAAUUUGAGAAAGUGCGUGCAGUGUGUUCUAAAGUUGACGUUAUAUGUAAAAGUAAUUCAAAUAAUGUUUGUACAGUUCGAUAUAUUCACGGAAAGAUGGAUUACAAGGAUUUUGAAAACACGUGUUUUUUGUAUAUGAGCAAUAUGUGUGAUAAUCCUGGGCAUGAAUACUCCAUCAUUGUAUCUGGGUCGUGUAACGAGUUCUUAAAGACAAGGAGAAGUAGUCUUAUAAACGCCCCAAUAGUUAAAAAGGCAGAACAAAACUCAACAAGCAAGUUUAACUCUAAUACCACCCAAACACGAAACGCCUUAAAACAUUUACGAGCCCGCCCAGAGACGACAUGGAGCACGCUCUACGACAUAGAGACAGCAUUUGACUACCACCUCUGCCCCCUUUCCUGUCCAAACACAUAUGAUCCUGUGUGCGUCGCUGUCAACCGUGGCCAUGGAUUGUAUUUUAAGUUCUACACAUUCGUGAACCACUGUGCGGGUGAUCUGUACUAUUGCAAACAUUGGGAAGACUUCAGUCCACCACCAGAUGAAGGGGAAUUGGUGAAAAGUUCUCCGCUCAGCUGGUCUUAUUGUGCGUCUAAUAAAUAUAUUCAAUACGCACGAUUCAGUGAGGUAACUUCAUCUAUGGGGUAUUAUGGAUGGCUGGCUGGUGACUAUAAAUACAGCCAUAUUAUGGAGCCUCACGAACGUAUACCCGGCCAUGGAUAAUUUAUGAUUAAAAUUUUAUAUGCAA